GUUACUCUCCCGUUUCCAGUCAAAUACUAACUCCGCAAACUUACAUAUGACUCCCGAAAUAUUUUUCUUAAUCCCAUACGAGCCCCAAACUCCAUUCUUAAUUUUCCAACACAUCCCUUGCCUCCUUGCCCUCGAUAACUUCGAUUUUUGCACUCCCUUUCUUUCCCCUAUUUUCGAAAGGACCCUGAUUCUAGGGUUUCCGUCCACCUUAAGCCCUCUUGCUGUUUUCUUGCAAUGGUGAAGCCAAAGCUCAUCUUAAUCUGUCAGUCUCUUGGUGAAUUUGUCACAAAUGACGAUGGAACUUUGUCAUAUAAUGGUGGGGAGGCACAUGCGGUAGACAUCACUCCCGAAACACUGUUUGAUGAUCUGAAGCUGAAACUAGCCGAAAUGUGGAACUUACAAUAUGAUUCAUUGUCCAUCAAAUAUUUUCUUCCUGGAAAUAGGCGGACUCUCAUCACCGUGGCUAAUGAUAGAGAUCUGAAGAGGAUGUAUGAGUUCCAUUCAAAUUCUAUAACUGCUGAUGUUUUCAUCCAAGGAAAAGCAGGUUUCGUUCGAGAAGCCUUGCCCUUGCGUGGAACUGGCAGUGGCAGGACAAGUGGGUUGAAAGUAGCUGAAACUGUAAUGCCCAUUGCUGCUGUUGCUGCUUCUUUAGUUUCCAUGCGUCCAAGUGCAGUGCCUGCUGCUGUUGAUCACUCUGAUGAUGAUGAGCAUCCUUCUCGUGACGAUGAUGUUGGCGAUGACAAUGAUGAUGACUAUGAGCAUCCUUCUGUUACGACUAUCCAUCCAACUGGUUCUGGUGCCGUUACUCCCAAUGCCAAUGCUAACGACUCAGUCACAGUUGAUAUGGAUGCCACCCCGGCCGACACUGUUAAGAAACGAAGACGUGUUGCAUCCAGCAAAAGUGGUGCCAGUCCUCCUGUUGUUGCUACCUCUAAUGUUGGGAAGAAAACUAAGUCUACUCCACGGAGAAAGAAUGUCUCAAAGCGCAAGUCUGUGAUAGUUCUAGAUGAACAGGAAGGUGAACAAGGUAAUUACAAUGGUAACUCCCUUCUAGGUAGCCCUAACGAUCUUCCUCCUGAGAAAUUAGUGGCAUUGUGGAAAAAGGCUGUUACUGGUGUGGAUCAGGAAUUCAAAAGCGUUUAUGAAUUUCGUGAGGCACUGCAGAAGUAUGCCGUUGCACAUCAUUUUACGUACAGGCUGAAAAAGAAUGACACAAAUCGUGCAAGUGGCAGAUGCGUAGCCGAAGGCUGUUCGUGGAGGAUUUAUGCAUCGUGGGAUUCAUCUUCACAAACAUUUAAGAUAAAGAGUAUGAACAAAACACAUACAUGUGGAGGGGAAUCUUGGAAGGCUGCUCAUCCAGCAAAGAAUUGGGUGGUAAGUAUCAUCAAAGAUAGGUUACAAGGAAGCCCACAUCACAAACCAAAGGAAAUCGCCAAGAGCAUUCUCCGAGAUUUUGGGGUAGAGCUAAACUACACUCAAGUAUGGCGUGGCAUUGGGGAUGCCAGGGCUCAACUGCAGGGUUCGUACAAGGAGGCAUAUAAUCAGUUACCUUGGCUUUGCGAAAAGAUGGCAGAAGCAAAUCCUGGUAGCUUAAUCAAGCUUUUCACUACUGACGACAAAAGAUUUCACCGUCUUUUUUUGUCCUUUCAUGCGUCAAUACAUGGUUUUCAGAUGGGUUGUCGCCCCAUUAUUUUUCUUGAGGCUACAUCGCUGAAAUCAAAGUACCAUGAGAUUCUCUUGUCGGCUUCUGCAUUGGAUGGAGAUGACGGUAUUUUUCCUGUUGCAUUUGCUAUAGUAGAUACCGAGAACUGUGAUAAUUGGCAUUGGUUUUUGGAGCAACUGAGGUCUGCCUUUUCAACUUCACAAGCCAUAACUUUUGUCUCUGACAGUGAGAAAGAUUUAGAGAAGUCAGUGCUUGAGGUAUUUGAGAAUGCUCACCAUGGUUACUCUAUUUACCACCUUUCAGAGAACCUCAAAAGAAACUCAAAGGGUCCAUUCUAUGGAGACGGGAAGAGUUCGUUGCGCAUAAAUCUUCUGGCUGCUGCCCAUGCAGUCCGAGUCGACUUCUUUCAAAUGCACACUGAGCAAAUUAAGCGAGUUUGUUCUCAAGCCUACGACUGGUUAAUGCAGAUUAAGCCAGAGUAUUGGACAAGUGCAUUGUUCAAAGGCGAGCCUUAUAACCAUGUUACUGUAAAUGUUGCAGAGUCAUACGCUAACUGGAUAGAGGAAGUGCGCGAGUCACCCAUAACACAAAAGAUUGAGGCGCUGAGAUCCAAGACAAGUGAAUUGAUAAAUUCUCGGAGAACAGAUUCGAGUGUGUGGUCUGCAAGACUUGUUCCGUCAAAGGAGGGAAAACUGCAAGAACAAAGGAACAAAGCGCAUGGUCUUAAAGUACUGUUUUCAUCGGAGACCCUUUUUGAGGUUCAAGGUGAUUCCACGCAUGUUGUGGACACUGAUAAGAGGAGCUGUACUUGUAAACGAUGGAAACCAACUGGUCUUCCUUGCAGCCAUGCCAUUGCUGUCUUUAGCUGCACUGGCAGAAACGUAUAUGAUUACUGUUCAAGAUACUUCACCGUCGAUAGCUUCCGCUUUGCAUAUUCGGAAUCCAUCAACCCUGUAGUGGACAUUUUUAAGCCUUCAAACGAUGAGAAAGCCGAUUCAGAAUCUAGCUGUGUUCUUCCUCCUCAAACGUUGCGCCCGCCGUCCCAACACAAGAAUAAAAAGGAGGGCGAAACGGAGAGUCAGGAAGUGGUAAAAAAGACGAGAAGAAUAGUUACUUGUGCUAAGUGCAAGGGAACAGGGCAUAAUAAAGCUACGUGCAAGGCAGACUAGGUCUACUGGAUUUCCUUUGUACAGUUUUUUUUACAAUUGUCAAGUUAUGGAUUAUGAGGUCUUAGGUUACAUCAACUUGACUUUGCUGUUGCUUGUGAAAACAAAAACAAAAGAAAAAUGGAAAAGAAAAUAAACUUUGACUUUG